AUGGCGGAUAGAAUAAGCAGUUUACCAGACUCGAUUCUCUGUCACAUUCUCUCUUUUCUGCAAACCAAACAUGCAGUUGCCACCAGCAUUCUCUCAAAGAGAUGGAACAAUCUCUGGCUAUCGGUUCCUUCUUUGGACUUAGGUCAUAUUCGAGUCCCUGAUCAUAACUCCUUUCUUCGAUUCAUCAAUUUCGUAUACCUUUUUUUUCUCUAUCGAGAUACCGCACUUCCGAUUAAGACCUUCCACCUUAAUUUUGACUACAGUCGUCAUCAAACUCCUCUAUUCUCUCACUGUCCCAUGGACACUAUCACCAAUUGGAUCAACUUUGUUGUACAACACCGCGUCGAGUACAUUCAUCUCUCCGUCGAAACAGGAACUUUUCCCAAAACGCCGCUCAGUAUUCUCACAUGCAACACCCUUGUGGUUCUCAAGCUUUGUUUUUUAAGCUUGGGAGGAAGGUUUUCUUCUGUUUUACUUCCGUCUCUUAAAACCCUUCAUUUUGAACAUAUCUGGCUCCACAAACUUCGAGAUUUUAUGCUGUUUUUAACUGGAUGUCCAAUUCUUGAGGAUAUAUUCACAUUUGAUGUGAGAGUUAAUUCUGUUGAAUCUCUUACCUAUGACGAGUGGAAGAGCGUUGUCUUAAGUAACAUUAUCGGAGCUGAUAUUCUUCGCUUUGGUUAUUUUCCGUUGAGAAUUGUUCAUAAUGUACAAUCUCUGAGCUCUGAUUUCCAUCAGGUGCAUGGUGUUGAUGGUUUCAUUAGUUUUCAUAAUUUGACCCAACUUCAGUUUGUUUGCGCUUCUCCCCGAUAUAAUUGGAAAUUCGUACUACAACUUCUCAAGCAUUGUCCUAAGCUUCAAAAGUUUGGCAUUAACGAGGUUAAGCUAGAUGGGGGAUUAUGGUGGCCUAACAAAGAAAAUUGGGUGAUUCCAGAUGUUGUUCCACAAUGCCUUUCAUUACACCUUACAACUUGCAACCUUUUGAGUUUCUCAGGCCUAGAAGGUGAGCUUAAGCUAGCAAAGUACAUUUUAAAAAAUGCAAAAGUUUUGGAAACCAUGACAAUCAGGAAUGCUGAUCAACCCCGAAUAGAAAGAGUACUAUCCUCAUGCACGAGGGCCUCUGAGACGAGUAAAAUUACAGUUUAUGAUGUUCCAUGUAAGUAG